AUGGCGUCAGCCGAUAGUUCCCGCACUGUCAUCAUCAUUUCAGACGAGACGGACGAACAGCCCCUGGCACGAGGGACGCGAACGUCACAAAGAAAGAGAACCUUCACAGACUACAGCUAUCCAAUCUAUAAUGGUCCAUUCGAUGAUUUAGUGUCUUCUGAUGCUCUGGAGUCCAAAAUGGAGCAGCCACCGAAAAAACAAAAAAUAUCCAACUUGGACACAGUUUUGGAAAUGGCGAAUCAGGAAAUUCAUACCAUUUUCGAGGCGGAGCGUGCGAAGAGGAGGAAGCUGGAGGAAGAAGUGCAGAAGCUGGAAGAAGAAGUGCAGCACCUGCAUGCAGAGAUGACUAUGAAGGAUGAGCUGUUCGAUACCAGUGAUAUGUUUACGACACUUUGGACAGUCAUCGCCAAUGAGAGGACGAAGGCAUCCUGCGCAAAACCGGUGUCCACACGGCAGAAGGGUUCUCCACUCCGAUGGGAUGCUAUAGCAAAUCUCACAUUGACAUCGAUGCUGCAGCUCCUGGACUUUAGUCUCAAGGUUAGAUAG